AUGAGCAGCAUUCCGGCUGGCACUGACCCUGGAUCCUGCGGUGCCAAUUUCAAGAAUGACCGCAAGCGCAGAGACAAGAUCAACGACCGUAUCCAGGAACUAUUGAGUAUCAUUCCUAAAGACUUCUUCAGGGAUUAUUACGGUAACUCUGGUAGUAAUGACACGUUAAGCGAGUCUACUCCAGGUGCUCUUGGGUUGUCCAGCAAGGCCAAGGGCACGGGGACCAAAGAUGGCAAGCCCAACAAGGGCCAAAUCCUCACACAGGCGGUGGAGUACAUAUCGCAUCUACAGAAUCAGGUGGAUACACAGAACAGAGAGGAGGUAGAACUCAUGAUGAAAGUCACUCAGCUGGCCAAGCAGACGGGUACCAUUGUCAAUGAUAUAAACCUAGAGAACACCAGCGCUGAAGUCGCACUGUCUAGGAUUGGCGUAGGACCGCUGGCGGCAACAAAUGAUGACUCAGUAAGGCCACCGGCAAAGAGAUUGAGCUCCUUUGAGUACGGAGGGUAUGGUGAGUACGGUAAUGGUACCUAA